GCCGGGUUUGGAUAAUUGGCGCUUUCAUUAGCCCAUGCCACCGGCCACCAACUGAAAAUCAGUUUGAACUAAAAGUAUGCUGAUCUGUGUCAAAAAUUAAUUCAGGUUAUGCAGAAAUGGAUACAUACAAAACAGCUUGGUCCACCAUUUUCUAAAAUUUUUAGCUGAUAAAAUUGUUUUUGUUAUGAUUUAUUUUGAUGCCCUCGAGAAAUGUGGAGUGCGUUUAUGAACGGCUCGGGGCUGCAUGGUGGGGGCGGUGCUGGCGGGGGAUACGUCCCGUCUCAGGGAUGGGAGUUUGUGCCGUGCUCCAGGAUGGAUAGGGCAGAUAGAGGUAGGGGCAAAACCCGCAGUCCGCUGAGAAGGAUCUCCUCUCCGCCCACCGUCUUCAGUCAAAUCUACGAGUCCCAGUUCGGUGCUUCACCGGGUGGAGGAGAAGGUGAACCAGGGACACAGCUUGAGAUCCUAAGGGGACAAAUGUGGCCGGGUCCCGAAGCCCAGCCGCAGCAGCAAACACAUCACACACGGCUUAAAAAGAAAUUUGAGGAUUUGAAAAAGCGACACGUACAGGACAAGGAAGAGUGGAUGCGUGAGAAGGAGUCAUUGUUGAGAGAAGUGGCUGACAUACAAGGAGGGGAGAACAGGAGGAUUCUGCUGGACCUGAAGACGGUUUUGGAGGAAGUGCAGGCAGAGGUGAAGAGAGAGGAGGAGAAGAGGAGUGAGCUCCAGCUGCAGUACACCAGAGACAGAUGUGCCUGGGAACUGGAGAAGGCUGAGCUCAAAUGCAGGAUUGCACAGUUGGAGGCUAGAGAGGGUUCUGGGUUGGUGAGUGGAGGGGUCCAGUCAGCAGCAGGUCCUGGCUCUGUGGCGUUACAGAGCACUCGAGACGAGCGCGGUGAGUCCCCAUCCCUCCGCUGGGACAGGGAAGAGCAGCGAAGGCUCCUGGCAGACACACACUCAACAGCCAUGGACCUGCGCUAUCGCCUGGAGCACAAUGAGAGGGACUGGUUAAAGGAGAAAGCCGAGCUGCUGGAGAGGUUUGACGUGGAGAGGAGGGAGUGGGAGAGCCAGUUGAAAGAUAUGCAGAGGAAAAUAGAAGAGCUGUACUGUGAAGUGAGGGCCAAGCGAGAGGGGACCGGACCGGACAGUGGGAGGCAGGACGAUGAUGAUGUUAUGCAUAGGCUCAGUAUACGUUGCACCAGCACAGGCUCCAGUCUGCUCAGUGAUAACUCCCGCUCUGAGCCGCUCAGCAGCAGCAGUCAGUCAGAACCAAGCAGACAACUACCAUUUCCUGGCUUUGGUCGCAACAGAAACAUCACUGGUGGUGGUUGUAGUGGUGGAGAUAGUGACCAGCCUACGUGCUUCCCAGCUGACAGCCUCUGUGAAUUUAAUGUUGGUGGUCAGUUUACUCAGAAUGACCAUUCACAACCUGUGCUGGUGGAUGAACUGAGAUCCAGAGGCACUUGGCAGCAGGACUGUGUUGAUGAUAGCAGGGACGCUGUGGAUACAACAGAGCUGGAUGAUAUUUUUCUAGCAGCUCCACAGAAAAGUGCCUCUAAAGGGAAUGAAAACAACUUCCAUGUUAGGCCACAAGAAAGUCCUGUUUGGUCAGAGCUGAGUUAUGGCAGUGACAAGAAGAACACCACUGCACUCAAUGCCUUCCUCAGCAAUGUCCAGCAUCCUAUCCAGCACGUGUCUUUGUAUCUCUGUCUCCCCUUCUCUGUGUCUCAGGCUCUGAAGGAGAUAGCACGUGUAAGCGAGGAGCUUUGUAGCUACCAGGAUGAGAUCAGGAAGAAGAGCGGAGAUAAGAGGAAUCGAUCUGAAUCCCAGUGCCUAACUGAGGAGGUGAAUGAACCUCUCUGUGACCUCAGCCAGAUCUACGAUGACCUCCGGGCGUUGGAAAGGGAAAACUGGAUCACCUUGUCACCAGAUAACACCUGGCAGGCCAACAGAGCUCCAAGUGAAUCCUGGAGAACAAGUGCUGUUGAGCCGGACAGCUACAGAGACACACAGACAAGCCCUGGAGUACUCUCUGAGAUAGAUGCAGCAGCUCCACCCAUCCCUCCUCGCUCCUCCUCCUGGAAUAUGAACAGCCCUACCCAUCCAGACACAGAACUCCACAUCCCAGAAUCCCCCAUGACGACAGUGAGGAAAUGCCAUAGCCCCUGUGUUCUAGUGGACAAAAAGUGUAGCAGCCCCUCCAUCGUCCGGAAGUUUGGGGCCAUGCUACAAGAAAAUGAAGGAAAAGUUUUAAUAGACGGUGUGGUAGCAUCAUGCUCUGUACCUGCUAACUCUCACUGUAAUAUGGGCUGCUGCCACAGCCGCUGGUCCUGUGAUGCAAGCAAGUUCAGUAACAGUAAGUUGUCUGCAUAUGGGACAGUACAGAAAAGCGUCUCUGAAGUCAACAUACUGAGUGCUGGGAAAGACUUGCGCUCAGAUAACUUAAAUAACCCUGAGCUACAAAUGCCUCCACUCGUCAAAGAAUUAUCUGUAGAUUUGCUCUUGUCCUCUCUGGAAAUACCACCUGCCAGCUCCAAUCUCCAGGGCUCUAGGAGAAACAUAAUGCUGGAACAAAAAACAGCUGAGUUCAAUAGAACUUUGUUUCAAGCUGAGAUGGGCCGUGGUGUAGAGGAACAAGACAGCUUUACUGCAACAGAUGCCUCCUCUCUGGGUUGCCAGCCAGUCCUUACAACACCAGAAGAGGUUUUACCUCCCAGGGAGACCAAAUUUCAGCCACAUUGUACUGAUGUCGCCACUGGUGUUAUGGGUGUGCAUCCCGAAGUCACUCUCUCCACUUCGGAUUCCACAAUUCAGAACCUCGAGGUCCAACCAAGGCGAAUGAGAUGUGGUUUUGAAGGUCAAGAGGUCAGAAUAAAGCAAGAAAUCCCUUGUGACCUUUCACCUGAACAGUCACAGGUUGGACUCAGGGAAGCUACCACAAUAACCUCUCUGAGUCCUGCAUGCCGUUCUGAGGUCAAGCACAAAGUUCAAACAGCAGGCAGUCCUUCCAGGAAAACACAACACAAAGCAGCCACAGAGGCCCUUUUUUCUGAGCCUGUCUUGCCUGCAAAUAGCCAGCCAGCUCAGAAUGUGGAGGUUUCCAGCUCUAAGAAUGAGAAUCCACAAGGAGCAAAGCCUCAGCCAGCCAGAGUGGGUGUCUCACUCCAGCAACCGCCUGCAGAGAACAAACAAAGACAGAUGACACAGCCAGGGCACCAGGCACAGCCAAGGCAUGUGUCUGUACCUCCUUCCCAGUCUGACUCCUCCAGACAUGGGCCUCGAAUGAUGAAUGACCAUCCCUGGAAGCCCCUCACUCUGGCUGCAUACCCACGGCCUGAAGGGUCCAGGUCCAACUACGGGGCAGUGGAGAGGAUUCUGAAGAAUUAUGAGAGUGCAGCUCGGGCUCAGCAAAGCCAGAGCCAGCAGAGCGAGACGACUUCAAGUCCUCACCUUAGUGUCAGGCAGGAGGAGAACAUCACAGAACUGGACAUGCUGGACAUGGACCCUCUGCCCUUACCCCCUACUCUGAGACACACACAGACUUCACACACCUCAAGGACACACACCACACAUGCACAGCUCAGCCACACUGCCAUGGGCGUGAAAGAGAUACAGCUUAUAGUGCAGGAAAACGAAGAGUCUUGUGUCUCCUCUUCCUCCGUCCAGAAGAACUUCUCGAGGCCUGCCCGUCCAGCCAACCGCCGCCUCCCCUCCCGAUGGGCCAGCCGCUCCCCCACUUCUUCCUCCUCCACCUCUUCGUCUCCCUCUACCACCCCCGUCAUGCCGCCGUCCUUCUCCCUCCAGAAACACACUUCCUCCUUUACCUUCUCACAUGCCUUUCACAUAGAGACUGUCAUCAUUUGAUCUCCACCCCACCGUGUGUUUGAACCAACCAGAAGCCUUCAGUGAUAACCUCUGAACUUUCUCUUUACAUCAGUACUGUUGUAUAUAUCAAACCCAGACUGCUUCUCCACACCCACAGACUCAGAAGUGUACUUUAGUCGUGAGUUCACGAACUCACCUUUAGAAUGUAUAUGGCAUCCAGAGGAGCCUAACUGACCAAGGAGAGCAAGUAAAGGACCUGAAGCAGCUUGAGUUAUUCGGCAGUAUGCUCUUGAUUAACCUGCCAGGCAUCAAGCACAGCCUCAGAGGACAGUCAGAACAUCACUUUCCAAAGGAACAGUCACAUCCAGUGUGUCAUUCAUUCAUGCCAACCAUCUGAAUGGAUAUCCUUUGCUCAGGUCUAGAUUCUAGCCUUGAAUAGUGUAGCCUUGCAGAUUUACCAACAACAGACCCAUAUUCAAAUCAUCAACAGACUGAAAUACAGAACGAUGUAUUUAAUAUGUACUGUGUUUUGUAUUUCAUGUGCAACAUGUUUUGUGUGCUUUUUGCACAAAAUAUGACGUGACGUAUACAAUAUGCAGCAUCGUGUUGGUUUCAGAGAUAAAGGCAGCGGAGAAGAUUUCCCCUGGCAUCACUCUCAGUGUGCUGAUAAAGCAGUGUUGGUUUUCUGCCUUCUUGAAUAUUACCUACAGUACAUGCCUGGACUGUACCUUGCCUGUGACUAAAACAUUUUCCUUUAUUCUCAUGACUGGCUUUAUAUGUUUCAUGAUUAAGCAAAAACAGCAUUUACUUGAUAUCAACAGAUAGAUUAAAAUGUGAGUUCCUUUUUUAUAACUUUGUACCAAAGGCUGGUUUCUUUAUAUGCAUUUUCCUGAUUUGAAAAGUAAAUGCAUUGUUUGUAAAGACAUUUGUGUUGGCUGUCCCAUAGCUGAUGUUUUCUGAUCGAAAUGUAUGUUAAACGUCACUCAUGAGAGCCUGCUUUUGUGCAUAACAUAAGUAAUGCUUAUAAAAAAUACUGAAAAGCCUUUUUUCUACUUUUACUAAUUCUGAAUGGUCACUGAUCAGGACACUCAGCCGAGUAGUAUAGUUUUUUUUUUUUUUUGGGUCAAAGUGGUGAAUCAUAUCAUGAUGAAAGUGAUGCCUUUGCUGUUCUUUUUGUGUAAUAAACAUAAGAACUUGA